AGAGAAAAGGUUUCUCUUUUUCUUUUUACAUUGGAAAGAAAAGGAGAAAAGAUGAACUGUGCAAGAAGUUUAGCUAAAACAAACAGGCCUAAUCAUGCCACGUUCGCAAAUUUUUUACUCGCCUUUGCAAAAUAAAAAAAUCCGGCACUGUUCUUAUCCCUCUCACGAACAUAACCGACCAAUCACUGGCCUUAUAUGGGAUGGGGUGACAUGUGACAAUGACUGCACUUUCUGCACUUAAAACGAGAUAAAUGUGUACGCGAUCGUGGAGGAAGAGAGGAGGGCGCAAAAGGCAUAAAAAUUUUCUAUUUACACUUUCUACACCUCAGUGCAAUGACAGCGUAAUCACUAAUCAUAUGUUUCUUUCAAAACGCGAGGUCCUCUUCACAUGCGGAAAACAAUGAAAGGCAAUAAAAGGAGUUGAUGUUCUCACUGGAAGGGAUGGAGGUCGACGAAACGCACGAAUACGACCGGAAAAUUGUCUUCUUCAGAGACCUCGGCAGAUUUAAGCUAACAGAGAGAAAAUACGACGAUGAUUCUCUCAACAUAUAUACAGCAAGGUUGAACGAUCUGCGGGAAGACACGUUACGUGCAGCGAAACUAAAAUGGAUCGAUUAUUCAUAUGUAGAGGUUUCACGCCUAACCUUGGAAAGCCCAGGAAAGUCUUACAUUUUGGUAGGAGUACUUUAUAAGGAGCAGAGACUGAAACCUUCUUUUGUGCGCGACCUCAGCAAGGAACUGCAGCUGGAUGCUCAGCCAAGCAAUAACAAUUAUGCGUCGGUCGACGACAAAUUAUUUCUAGAGGACGAAACGUUACGUGUAAGAUUGGUAGGAAGUCACAUGGAUAUACAGGAAGUAGUCACUGGACUUGUCUGCGCAGUACUCGGACGUGAAUUGGAAAAUGGAACAUUCUGGGUAGAGGAUUGGUGUUUUCCAGGAUACUAUCCGAAGCCUUCCAGUUCGAGCGGCUCAUUGAUGGAAGACGGGAAAAUUCUGCUAGUAUCUGGAUUGGAUCUGGUUAAUAACACGGAUGAGCUUAGCUUAGAUUUACUUUCGGAAUGGAUAACCGGAAUGGCGGGAUGUGCCGAUGCUCAAAAAGAAGAAGCAGUAAUUGCUAGAGUCAUUAUCGCUGGAAACACCAUUCGUGGUUCCACGAAAAUAUACAAUCACAAAGGCUAUCACGAGAUCAAAUCGCACGACCAGCGUAAGAUCAAGGAAGACGUAAUGGCGAUGCAUAAACUCGACGCUUUCCUCAGCAAUAUCCUCCACUGCUGUUGCGUCGUGUUAAUGCCGGGAGAGUUCGAUCCCGCUUGCAACUACACCAUGCCUCAGCAGCCCUUCCACCCAUGUACUUUACAUAAAUCGGCCAGGUUUAAAAGCAUGCACGGUGCGACUAAUCCUUGGGUCGCAAAUAUUGGGGGUCGUGUCGUAGCCGGUUCUUGCGGCGGACCGAUCAUGGAUAUCAUGAAAAUCGCUGGAUUAUCCCAGCUGUCCGCGUUGGAAUGGUUGGAGCGUACCUUGAUCUGGAGGCAUUACGCUCCAACCGGUCCCGACACGAUUCCAAUUUAUCCGUUCUUCAAAAAUGAUCCAUUCGUUAUGAACGAAUGGCCGGACAUAUAUUUCGCCGGAAAUAUGGAUAAAUACGAUACAAAAUUAGUUACAGCUGACGAGAGACAUACAGUGAGAUUGAUAUGCGUUCCAAAGUUCUCGGAAACCAAAACAGCGGUGCUAGUCAAUUUACAGGACUUGACGACACAGUCCGUCUCAUUCGGCGAUGGGCUAUCAUAAUUUGUAUUACGUGUUAAUCGUAAAAUAAUUGUUCAUUGCAAUGAAAAUGUUGUAUGAUCUCCACGUGAGGAAUGCAAGAAGAUUAGUAGAAAACAUAUUGAUCAAGUUUUUCAAAUAUAUAA